AUGAGCUCUCUUUACAUGCCCUCAAAAUCAAUGAAACGGCUUACUGUGAGCUGUCGUCGUUUUAUAUCUUCGGCUCAACCAAAAAUUGUUACACACAAAAUACUCACACCAGUUGGGACAGAAGCGGCAGCCAAAGUAGAUGUUCCCAAGACGACCCGUCUUUCUGUGGAAGGCCCUAUCGAAUGCCACUUGCAAGGAUUUGAGCUAUUAAACUCUCCAUUGUUUAACAAGGGUUCUGCGUUCACUCCAGAGGAAAGAGCAGCCUUUGGGUUAGAAGGGUUACUUCCUCCAGUAGCCAAUGACUUAAACGAACAAGCAGAGAGAGCUUACAAGCAGCUGUCUUUCUUGAAAACCCCACUAGCAAAGAAUGAUUUUUGUACCUCCAUGAGACAGCAAAAUAAGGUUCUUUUCUACGAGUUGGUGAGGCGACACAUUAGAGAGCUACUGCCCAUCAUCUAUACUCCUACGGAGGGGGAUGCCAUUGCCGCAUAUUCACAUAGAUUCCGUAAACCUGAGGGUUGUUUCCUUGAUGUCACGGACCCUGAAUCCAUAGAGGAUCGUUUAUCUCGUUUCGGUGAGAGUAAAGAUGUGGAUUAUAUUGUAGUUUCUGACGGAGAAGGAAUUUUGGGAAUUGGUGAUCAGGGUAUAGGUGGUGUUCGUAUUGCCAUUUCCAAGUUAGCUUUAAUGACUCUUUGCGGUGGUAUUCAUCCUGGAAGAGUUAUCCCUGUCGUUGUUGAUGCCGGUACAAACAAUAAGGCUCUUCUGGAUGACGAACUAUACAUGGGUAGCCGCUUCCCUCGAGUUCGUGGUGAAGAGUACUAUUCUUUUUUUGACAAGUUUAUUGAAGUUGUCAAGCGUAGAUUCCCAUCUGCAGUGUUGCAUUUUGAAGAUUUCGGUGUAACUAAUGCCAAGCCCCUAUUGGACAAGUAUCGUUCCGUUCUUCCUUGCUUCAAUGACGACAUUCAAGGUACUGGGGCCGUUGUAAUGGCAUCUAUGGCAGCCGCAUUGAAACUUACGAAUCGAGAUUUGUUAGAUUCCACCAUCGUUAUUUAUGGCGCUGGUUCUGCUGGUCUUGGAAUUGCUUUCCAGAUCGUCAAUCACAUGGUUAACCAUGGUGCCACUAAAGAAGAAGCUUACUCAAGGAUUCAUUUGCUAGAUCGUCAUGGCUUGAUUCUCACAAACAUGAGCGAUGUAUCCAACAAAGAUCAAAUGCUCUUUGCGGAUGAUCCUAGCAGCUGGGAUGGUAUUAAUACCAAAUCCCUAGUUGAUGUCAUCGAGAAACUCAAACCCACCACAUUAAUUGGUUGCUCCACCCAAGCCGGAGCCUUCACAGAGGAAGUCAUUAAGACAAUGUACAAAUACAACCCCAGGCCAAUAGUGUUCCCUCUUUCCAACCCUACUAGACUUCAUGAAGCUGUUCCUGUUGAUGUUAUGCGAUGGACGGAUGAUAAUGCCCUAAUUGCUACUGGUUCUCCCUUUAAGCCUGUUCGUGGUCAUGUCAUCAGUGAAAACAAUAACUGCUUCUCAUUCCCAGGUAUCGGAUUGGGAGCCGUUCUUUCUAGAGCUACAACCAUCUCCGACACUAUGAUUUCCGCUGCAGUUGAUGAACUUGCCAGUGGUUCCCCUGCAUUCAAGGACCCUAAAGCAGGUUUGCUUGCCCCAGUCGAAGUGAUAAAUGAGACAUCUGCUAAAGUGGCAGCCGCCUUAAUCCUUCAAAGUAUCAAGGAAGGCACUGCCAGAGUGGAAGAAGAGCUGUCUCCAAAUGGAGAUAAAGUUUCUGUCCCUAGAGACUUUGAGGGUUGUGUUGCAUGGGUCAAAUCCCAAAUGUGGCGACCAGAAUAUAGACCCAUGGUGAAGGUGGAACGAGUUCCCGAAAUCCAUACGCAUCAGUCAUAG